AUGGCUCCAACCCCAUCUUCAUCUUCAAAAUCAAAUCAUACCCAUUUCAAUAUAAUCAAAACCCCACAAUCUAAACAACGUCUUCACUUCAAUUCUUCAAGAAUUCCUCAUCCUUCACCAAACCCUAACCAAAACCCUAAUUCCCAACCUGCAGAACACCCAGUUGAAGUGAUUGGAAGAAUCAGGAAUCUUCCAGAACCAUCAAAAGAUGAUAAACCCAUUACUAAUCUCUUCCAAAUCAUCCCAGAUCAGCAAACAAUUAGGGUCAAGACCGAAAUCGGAUACCGCGAUUUUACCCUUGAUGGGGUUUCAUCUUCUGAAGAUGAUGACCUUGAUGGAUUCUACAAGAAUUUUAUUGAAAGUAGGAUACUUGGGGUUAAAAUGGGGGCUAAAUGUACUAUAAUGAUGUACGGUCCAACGGGUUCGGGUAAGAGUCAUACCAUGUUUGGGUGUUUGAAGCAACCCGGGAUUGUGUACAAGAGUUUGAAGGAUAUUUUGGGAGAUAAAGAAAACGGGGAAGAACAAGUUGGGAUGUUUGUGCAAGUUUCUGUGUUGGAGAUUUAUAAUGAAGAGAUUUAUGAUCUUUUGUCUUGUGAUAAAAAUGGUGGAUCAUUCAAUCUUUGGUCCAAGGGCAGUGCUUCUAAGGUAAAACUAGAAGUGAUGGGAAAAAAGGCUAAAAAUGCAACAUUUAUAUCUGGAAAUGAGGCUGGAAAAAUUCUGAAGGAGAUACAGAAGGUGGAGAAGAGAAGGAUUGUUCGAAGCACGAAUUGCAAUGACAGAAGUUCCAGGAGCCAUUGCAUGAUAAUCUUGGAUGCUCCAACCGUUGGUGGAAGGCUGAUGCUCGUCGAUAUGGCAGGAUCAGAGAACAUAGAACAAGCUGGUCAGGUUGGCUUUGAAGCCAAAAUGCAGACUGCAAAGAUUAAUCAAGGUAAUACAGCUUUGAAGAGAGUUGUUGAGUCUAUUGCUAAUGGUGAUUCACAUGUACCAUUUAGAGACAGCAAGUUAACUAUGCUUCUGCAGGAUUCUUUCGAGGAUGACAAGUCCAAGAUACUGAUGAUCUUGUGUGCAAGUCCUGACCCAAAAGAGACACACAAGACAAUCUCUACACUUGAGUAUGGAGCAAAAGCAAAGUGUAUUGUUCGUGGUCCACAUACUCCUGUCAAAGAUAAGAUCGGUGAGGAUUCAGCUUCUACUGUGAUUCUAGGAUCAAGGAUCACAGCAAUGGAUCAGUUCAUCCUGAAGUUACAAACAGAGAACAAGCAAAGAGAGAAAGAAUGCAGUGAGGCAAAGAAAUUGCUUCAGAAAAAGGAAGAAGAGGUUUCACAGUUGAGGGCAAAGCUUGGGCAAGUGGGAGGGGAACAUGUGUCAGGUGCUAGUGAAGAGGAGAUCAAUGAGAAGGUCAAUGAACGUAUGCAGAAGUUGAGGAAGGAACUCGAGAAGCAGCUGGAAGAGUGCCAAAGAAUGGCUAAUGAGUAUGUUGAGUUGGAGAAAAGGAGAAUGGAAGAGAAGGUACAAAGACAACAACAAGAAGUUGAAAUGCUGAGGCGAAAGUUAGAGGAAAUGGAGAUUGAGCUAUCUCGUUCAAGGGAUGGAAGUAGUAGUGAUGGAAGUGGAGUUGAAUUAGAUGGCAUUGGUCUUGUGAAAAGGCUAAAGGAAGUGUAUGCUGAUGAAGAUCCUGGAAUGGAGAAGUCGAUGGACUUAGACAUGGGCGAUCAAGAUUCUUAUGCUCGUGAAGUAAUUGUAGGCCAGUAUCCUACAAAUCUGUUCAGUGGGAUGCAGGGUUCUUUCACUCCAAUACUUUCUGAAAAAACAUAUUUGAGCACAGUUUUUGAGGAGGAAGAAGCAGAAGCCGAGGAUGAGGAUGAAAAGGCUAAGCUGGAGGAUGAUGAGGUGGAAAAGAAAGUUAUAGAGGAGAAGAAAGUCUCUACAUCGCCACUGUAUGAUGUUCAACUCACUCCAUCCUCCAGGAAGACAAGGAUUCAGAACAUAUUCACCUUGUGUGGAAAUCAAAGGGAGCUUUCACAACGAACUCCUCAAUGUCCUGAAACUCCAUGUGAUCAAUCAACAGUCGAGCAAAGUCCUAUGACACCACCUAAUCGCUCUCAACUUUCUUUUGCUGCUACACCAGAAUCCCUGAAGAAAAACUUCAAUCCAUCCCCAAAUGCCACACCAGAGCCUAUGAAGGAAAACUUCAAUCCAUCAGCUAACAAUGAAGAAAAAGGUGUUCUGAUUGAAGUAUAUGUUAAAUGGGAGGCAACAAAGGAAAAUCCAGGAAAGUUUAUCAACAAACUUAAGGUUGUCAAAGAUGCAACCUUGGCUGAUUUAAGGAAACUCAUUGAGAUUCAUCUUGGUGUCGAUAAGCAGGAUUUUACUUUCCUGUCACUAGGGGAUCCUACUGGAGCUCCAAUCUCGAAAGAAAAGGAAGAUAGUUUGCUCGCGAGUAAACUACCAACAUGCAACAACCAACUAGGAGGACACUUAGCAUGCUUGAGGCCAGCCAAGGGAGCUCAAAGUCCUAAUGUUGUUCCAUUCACCCCACUGGAAAACAAGCUUUAUACAACUCCAGUUUCUUGUGCAAAGAAGCUAGUUAAUGACUCUUCUAUAUCACCUAGCCUCGACUCUAGUCUGGGUUCCACUCCCUACAUUACUCUUCGUCGAUAUUAACAGGGGUACAUAAGCCUAUGUACUUGUUUGUUGUAUGAACAACUUGACUUUUGUAUCACUGACUAAUAUGAAGUGGAAGUGUAAUGGUAUAUAUAUUCCUUUUGUCUAACCUUUCGAUUACACUUUGUCUUUCAUUUCA